AUUGCGCAAGGACUCGGAGAAAGAUCCUUUUAUAUUAGUUUUAUUGCGUCCACUUUGCUGAUCGUCGCAACCACAAAGCAAGCCAUCCCUCAUCUUUUAGCAGCAUGUGGAAACAGGCGCUUCAUUGCGUGAUUGCGCUAUCCCUGCUAUUCACAGCCACAGCACAAAAAGCCGAAGAUUACAAAGUCACCGAUCUACCAGGACUCGAUCCCGAUGACAACACUCUAAGUCAAUAUGCAGGGCACAUUGCCGUUUCUCCGGAAACCAAUGGACAUCUGUUCUUUUGGAUGAUAGAGCAAGUCGAAAAGACCACACCUGAGAAACUGAUCAUUUGGUUGAAUGGAGGACCGGGAUGUUCGAGCAUGGAUGGCCUUUUUCUGGAAAAUGGACCAUUUCGAAUUCAGCAAAACUUAUCAUUAGCCAUCAAUCCGGCUGGAUGGCAGCAAUACGCUACGAUGGUCUAUGUGGAUCAACCCGUCGGCACCGGUUUCAGCUUUGCCGAUACCAACAGUUAUAUGCAUAACAUGACGCAGAUCUCAGAAGAAUUCACCACUUUCCUCGACAAAUUCCUGGAUGUAUUUCCUCAUCUUCGCGAACAAGAGAUGUACUUGGCCGGUGAAAGUUUUGCGGGAACGUAUAUCCCUUAUUUUGCUUCGCGUAUGGUGGAACUCAACAAGAAGAAUGAAAUCAAGUACAAUUUGAAAGGAUUAGCGAUUGGCAACGGCUGGAUUUCACCCGUUCAUCAGUAUGAUGCUUACUAUGAUUUCGGUGUGGCCAAAGGACUCUUGACAACGGGAUACGCGAAUCUCGCUGCUUCACACCUGAAAGCAUGCCAUGAAGUGUUGGAGACCCAAGUCACCAUUAAUGUGGAAGUGUGUGAAUCCAUCAUUCAGGAUAUUAUGGACAGUUCUGUGCAUGAAAAAAAAGAAGAACCUUUUCCAGACUGUGGACGAAACUGGCCUUAUGAACUAAUUGACGUGACCCGUUACUUACGCCAACCGCUUUUGAAACCGACGAUUCAUACGGAAAAGCAGUCGGUGGGGUGGCUGGAAUGUUCCACUGGCGUUGGCAGAGCUCUGGCUGAUGAUCAGAGCGAGCCAUCUUAUGAUCUGCUUCCUUUGUUGCUUGAAGAGAUGCGAAUUUUAUUAUUCAGUGGUGAAGCAGAUUUGAUUUGCAAUCAUUUUGGCACGGAAUAUUUGAUCGGCAACAUGACUUGGGCUGGUAAAACCGGGUUUGCUGGAGCCAAACCCAAGGAUUGGUUUAUUGGCCAAGAAUUUGUGGGGCAAUACACCGAAGCACGCAAUCUUAGCUACGUGUUGAUCAAGGAUGGCAGCCACAUGGUUCCCUAUGAUCAGCCAUUACCAACGCUUGAUAUGAUCAAUCGAUUCUUGGGUGUAGGCGAUAAUCAAGUCAAUGGACAACCGAGUCGGGUCGGGGAUAAGACCGCAGCAACCAAACCUUCCGGAAAGCCUUCCACAAAGCCUUCAAAGAAACCAGCGCCGACCAACAAUACAACGGAAGCCAGUGAAGCACAGACGUCGGAUCCCACCAAUGUGACUGAAACGCCUGAACCCGCCACUGCAAAAGAGGACUGGUCCAAAUACUACAAUUGGGGUACAUCGGCGCUUAUUGUUGUCAUUUUAUUUGGAGCGAUUGCCGGGUUCUGCUGGUAUCGUUCAAGGAAGAAUGCACGCCAGGGUUACAUGUCCGACUUGUCGACCCAACCCAAGGGACCGUUGUCGCGACUAUUUGCCAUGUUUGGUAAAUUUGGAUCAUCCGAUCACCGAAAAUUACGAUUGCAAGAUCCAGAAGAAAGCAACGAAUUGGACGAGCUUGUUGUCGAGACACCCACCUUGUUCAACGCUGAAGAUUAUUCUUAUUCCGACGAUGAGCAUGAGGCACCGCGACCGAGAACGGAACCCUCGACCAAACCACAAACAACGACACGAUUUGCGAUAGCAGAUGAUGAUGACGAUGACGACGACGACUUUGAUGACGAUGAUUUUGAUGAUGAUUGGGGUAUGGAUCCUAUCGAUGAUAAAAAGAAGGGCGCAAAAGCCGAAUAGCCAUCUUCAGUAUAUACAAGAAUAAAAAACCCACGCAAUAAAUACCGCACCAUAAUAAAAUGUGCUUACACACCAUUCUCUUUUCCGUUUACCAAAACUUGCUAAUCUUUGGCGGUAUACGAAGAAAGUUGGCUUUGCUACUGAUAUCAGGUGGCACUUCCGUGACAAGAAUGAUGGGGUGAAUUAGUAUACAUUUUUCAAUUCAACAUCAGAUAAGGUUUGUAAGGAUUCAGUGUUCAGGGUACUUAGUUUCUUAUUGGUAAAGGGCAAUGUUUCCUCCUCGGAAUAGUCGUUUUGGGAAAAUGCGAGAGGUGAUACAGUUACUAGCCUUUGUGUAAGACAGAAAUGAACAAAAAAUCGUUAGUGGAACGUAACGAGUUUACAAUGAAUAUCCCUGAGACAGGGCCGUA